AUGCAAAUUUUUUUUGAGGGCUUCGAAAAACCUGAACGCGGUCGUGGUAAUUACGCGAACUAUAUAGAAACGGUUUGCUCGACGUUCCUCGAUGAGACCGAACAGUGCCGAAAAGAGGAUGGAUACGGUCGGCGAUCGUUCGUCUGCGAUGUGCACGGACGACUGGCGGCGAACACGAAGAAGAAGCUCAUGGACAUUUUGACGGGAUUGAAAGAUCGAAUCGGAUGCGAAUGUCCGGAUGGGUGUACGCGUUCGGACGGCACCGAUUGGUUCAUCGGGCUUCUGCAUGUGUCGUCGACAAAAAAUACGGACGACUUGAAAAGAGACAUGCAAACCGAGUACGAGAACGCCGAACUGGGAAAUACGACGUGCGAUCAUGGGCUCGUCAUGGUCUAUUUGAAGGACACCCAACAGUUGGCGACGUUCCGCGGCGGCGAUUCGUUCGGCUCCGAUGGCGACACAUUGGCGGUGCAAUAUCUAUUGGCCAACUACAAGCAAGUCUCCGAGGCGCCCAUCGAUAAUUCGUAUGCCUCAUGGCUGCCGGUCAUCGGACUGAUCGUCGCGUUCCUUCUCGUGUUGUGUUUGGUGUCGAUACUCCUCUCGAUGCUGUGCGCCAAAUGCUUUUGUUGUUGCACGAAAAACAAGAAAGAGAAAUACGAGGUGACAAAGCCGGCGACGUACAAAUCGAUCGAGCCGCUCUACGUGAUCACACCGCCGUCGACGCUGAACGCGCGCGCCGCGCACCAUCACGAUGCGAUCUACUCGACGCCCUACUCGGGCAGCCCGUUGCCGUUCCCGCCACCACCGCCACCGCCACCCGGCGCCACCAUGCCGCACACACCAAAUUCGACGUAUCGCUAUUCCGUCAAAAAACCGACGAUUGAGACGGGCUCACUUGGCCAAUUGCCGAUGGAGGCGCACGCGAUUUAUACGCCGAUGGAGCCGACGUAUGGCACAAUCCCACGCGCUCGUCUCGGCCAGCCGACGUCGCCGAACUCGACGAGCAGCAGCCACGAUCCGCACUUUUUGGAUCCGCGGCGACAACAAGAGACGCAGACGCGCGAGGAGUUGAUCUACUAG